AAUAGCAGUUGAACAUUUUUAGUGUCGCGUAUUGUUUUUCUAUACGGACUGUGUUGUUUAAUUCAAAAAAAAACAGUGGCGUACGUCAACAUCAUGCUUACUGAUAUGACCCCCACGGCGGGACAACUCUACGGGGCACAGAUUCCCGCCAUGUCGAUGAAUGUCAAAGCGGCUGAGCACCCCAGCCUCCGUGGCACCCCUCUGGCGAUGCUCGCCGCCCAAUGCAACAAACUCUCCAACAAAUCGCCGCCUCCUUUAGCGGACGCCGCCGUCGGAAAGGGCUUCCAUCCGUGGAAAAAGAGUCCACAAGGUGCCCCAUCGCCCUCUUCAACACCCAGUUCACUCCCAACUCAACGCACCUCCUCCACCUCCUCCAACCCCACCUAUUCGAGUCGAUCGGUGAUGACGUCGUGUUCCAGCGUCCCGACGACGGCAUCCUACGGCAGCGAUUUGUACUUUCCCGGUGCUACAUCCCAACCUCCCACUGACAAUUCCCACGUCCACCACCAUCAGACUUCGCUUCUGGGCAAAGUCGAAGGUGCGGCGACCCAUCAUCUGGGUUCGGUUUACUCGCGACAUCCGUACGAGUCGUGGCCUUUCAAUACCAUGUCGGGGGCCACCCAUCAUGGGACGAUCAAGAGCGAUUCGGUCGCGUCGAAUGCCUGGUGGGAUGUGCAUUCGACGGGGAGUUGGCUGGAUAUGAGUGGAGGGAUGCACCAAAUGGCCAACUACUCCACGGAUUAUUCGAGUUUGACACACUCCUUGGCCGCUUCCAACCAUCUGUUGUCUUCAGGACAACACCUCCUCCAGGAUACGUACAAAAGUAUGCUUCCUGGGGCGCAAUCAGUUGGGGCCUCGUUCGGAUUACAUGCCACUGGGUCGGCACCAUCUCCAACAGCUGGGGCUGGAGGACUGCCCCCACAAGUGCCCAGUCCGAGGUCACAAAGACGUUACACGGGUCGAGCCACCUGCGAUUGUCCCAAUUGCCAAGAAGCCGAACGUUUGGGACCUGCAGGUGUCCAUUUGCGAAAGAAAAACAUCCACAGUUGUCACAUUCCCGGCUGUGGUAAAGUUUACGGAAAAACGUCCCAUUUAAAAGCCCAUUUGAGGUGGCAUACGGGUGAAAGACCUUUCGUUUGCAAUUGGUUGUUUUGUGGUAAACGAUUCACCCGUUCUGAUGAAUUACAAAGACACUUGAGGACCCAUACGGGUGAAAAACGCUUCGCUUGUCCCAUUUGCAAUAAGCGAUUUAUGCGUUCGGACCAUUUGGCCAAACACGUCAAGACCCAUAAUGGUAAUGGGAAGAAGGGAAGUUCGGAUUCUUGCAGCGAUUCCGAGGAGAAUAGUCAAAGUGAUAUCACAAAUAAUGUGAAUUCCCCUGCAUCUAUGAACCAAACGCCGCCACCGACGGCCCAAAUGGGGCUCGAUAUGGUGACGGGACUCGAUGUGAAGCCCCCCGGUUUGGUUUGAGGCCGGUGGGGCCCUACGCUACUCUAUCCAGGCUAUCAUCGCUAGCGUGAGGCCCCCAUGUGAUAAGGACUUGUUUCCCAAUUGUAUAUAAUGUGAAUGGACGCUUUAGUUAUCGUUUUGCUAAUGGAUUUAUUGUAUAUAAUAUAAAUAUUUAAAUAUUUUACAUGUUUAAGUGUCGGCAAGGUGAAUGAGAAACGUGUCAGUGUUUUCACAUAUCAGAAACGCUUUGUGGUCACUUUAUAGGAGCUGAGGUGCGAAUUUAAACGUUUUUAUCAUGUUUCUCUUUCCGCCAAAGAAGCUGUAAUCCUUUGUAAAUUUUAUUGUAACUAUAUCUGUAAAUUAUUCUAUAAGAGCUUUUGUGAACACGUUGACAGUGAAUAUAAUUUUCAAUCUAAAA